CUGUUAUUUACAGUUGAGCCUUAAACCCUACUACCAGGUGAAGAUCGAAGAAAACACGAGAUCGAAUGGAAAAAGAUUUGUUGAAAAACGAAGAUGAACCAUGGAGGGCACUCGAAUUCUACAGUGGAAUAGGCGGAAUGAGGUAUUCGUUAAUGAAAGCCGGCGUGAACGCAGAAGUAGUAGAAGCAUUUGACAUCAACGAAAAAUCCAAUGAUGUUUAUCAGCACAAUUUUGGUCACCGUCCUUAUCAGGGUAAUAUUCAGAGCCUCACUGCAACUGAGCUGGACAGCUAUAAGGCACAAGCAUGGCUUCUUUCCCCUCCUUGACAACCAUACACUCGACAAGGACUCCAAAAGCAAUCUGGUGAUGCUCGAGCAUUUUCGUUUCUCAAACUUCUUGAACUUAUACCACAUAUUUCGCAACCUCCUGUUCUGUUAUUUAUGGAAAAUGUUGUUGGAUUUGAGACCUCAGAUACUCAUACAAAAAUGAUUGAGAUAUUGGGCAAGUCUAACUAUGUUACGCAGGAGUUUAUCUUGAGCCCACUACAGUUUGGUGUGCCUUAUUCCAGGCCACGUUAUUUUUGUCUGGCAAAAAGAAAACCUUUCUCCUUUAGGUGCCAACUCUCUAAUAACCAACUCCUAUGGUCUCCAGGCCCAUUGCAUGGGCAGGAUGAUAUUACUGUGAUCAACAAACAUGAUCAAUCUGAAGAGAGCUGGGAUAAGUUGCUCCAAUCUUGUGACCCUGUAGAAAGGUUUCUUGAAUUCAAAAGCCCAAGCCACCAAAUAAAUACAGAAACUGAUUUCUUGGAAACUAACAACGUUGCUACAGAUAGUUUUGGAGCUUCAGAGAAAAUUGCUGAAGCAAAUGAAUAUGAGUCUAUGGACCAGUAUCUUGUUCCACUAAGCUUGAUAGAGAGGUGGGGAAGUGCUAUGGAUAUUGUCUAUCCAGACUCAAAACGGUGUUGUUGUUUUACAAAGAGCUAUUAUCGAUAUGUCAAAGGUACUGGUUCUCUUUUGGCAACUAUCCAGCCAAAGAAGAAGGGGAAAACAACUUCUCUGAAGGAGCAAUGCCUUAGAUAUUUUACCCCCAGGGAGGUUGCUAAUUUGCACUCUUUCCCGGAGGAUUUUCAGUUCCCACAGCACAUAAGCCUUAGACAACGUUAUGCAUUGCUGGGAAAUGGUUUAAGUAUAGCAGUGGUCGCUCCCUUACUCCAGUAUCUGUUUGCUCAGCCGUCAUGAUAUUCAUUUAAAGACUCUAUUUUACAAAUGCCAGAUGUCUCCAUGUGAAGUCGCGCACAAAUUACCAGUUUUUGCAGGGUUGAUGAGUUGAGAUAACUAGCUUAUAAGUGUGAAAAUUUGAUGAGUUCGAAUAACUAGCUUAGAAAUGUCUCAACUUUGCUAGCCCUUAUGGCUGAGCCAUGGCCCUUAUAGUUAAGCCGGGGUGUGAGAGGCUUGGAUCAAGGCGGAUUGAGCUGCUAUAAUGAGCAGGAAGUUGGAUUUUCAACAAGCAGUCCAGUUGUUGUAUCUAAUUUGUAAACGUGCUACACUUCUUAGAAACGGCAGAGAAAAUUGUGUUGAGGGAAAUAUAGAAGGUUCUAAUACAUCAUCAUUUCUACAGGUCCUUAAGUGCUAAUUAAUGUCAUUUUAUUCUUUAAACAUUUCAGAGAACUGGCAGGAUAGAAUUUGUAACCCAUUGACCAUCUAACCAAUGACUUCGCUGGCAACCGCCAUUUGCAAUCGCGUUCAG